AUGUGUUUUAAGGACCAUGAUAAUAAGAAAAGGGAUACUAAGGUGUUGAUAUUUACAUCUGGGAAGAAAUCGGUUGAUAAUUUGGUCGGGUGCUUAAGGCAAAUUGGGUGGCCAGCGGUGGGGAUACAUUCUGGAAAGGAACAAGCGGAGAGGGAAUGGAUUUUCGAUCAAUUUAAGGUCGAUUGA